UUUAUCUCGCAGGCAGACCAUAAUUUGCGAAGUUAUUGGCCAAGUCCAGCUGUCAGGCGCCCAUCUCGCUCUCAUCUCCCCGGGACCCUUUUUAAGUUCGGUUGACUCGAACGCCCAGAGCUCCAGCGGACCUUGCUGAUUGGAGAUGUCCUCUCACAUGGUUUGCUCCUUAACAAAGGGACGAUGCAAUCUGUAUUUAAGUGUUUUAUACCAAACAGUGCGCAUUAAACCGACAGCGUUGCAUUUAUUUUGUGCAAUUAUUAUCACUGGGUGCUUAUGUGACUUUGACUGCUGAAAAGGAAAGUCUCAUACAGAGGCUGUAAUAAAUGGAAUGGCUUCUAUUUACUGUUGUCGUGGUUCGUCGGGGUGGGGUUACAAUAGGAAGCUUAAAUAUGGCGGAGAGCUGUGCGUGGUUGCUAGUGCUGGGCUCGGUUUUGUUAUGUAGUCUGUUUAAGAUGCUGCUCCCGACCCUUUCUUUACUUAUUGCUAAAUUUCUGCAGAAAGAUGGGGAAACUGAGCUCCAAAUGAGAAUUGAAAUUGGAAACAUGAAGCAGGAGUUGGCAACGAUCAGCAUGAUGGAUGAAUUUGCUCGAUAUGCACGCCUAGAGCGCAAGAUCAACAAAAUGACUGAUAAACUGAAAACUCACGUUAAAACAAGAACAGCGCAGUUAGCCAAGAUCAAGUGGGUGGUGAAUAUUGUCUUUUAUAUUGUUCAGGCAGCUUUAAUGAUUUCCCUGAUAUGGAAAUAUUAUUCAGAGCCCGUUACUGUGCUCCCACACAAAUGGAUUGCACCCUUGGAGCGGAUGGUGGCUUUCCCAACUGGAGUAGCAGGUGGAGUUGGAAUUACCUGCUGGCUCUUAGUUUGCAAUAAAGUUGUUGCUGUGGCACUGCAGCCAUUCGGCUAAAAUCUCAUAGCGAGGCCUAUGACAAGAUCCUGCAUGAAUUGGCUUGUGUGUACUUUUUUCAUUAUUUUGAGUUGGGUUCAGCUCUGUUCUUGCAUCAGCUGCAGCAUUAUUGUUUGAAAGUAGAUUUCAAAAAGGGGUGUGAAGAAGAGCCCAACAAUAAAUUCUGUGAUGUAAAUAGAUUUUGGAAAGUGAUAUAAUAAAGUUGUUAGCUGUUACUAGUUUUUGAAAUUCACAGAACUCUUAAGAAAAGUUGAAGAUCUCAGUGUCUUUUUUUUAAAGCCUGAGAGAAUGUGAAUUGUAUUGGAUGUGUUGGCAACAUUUUUCUACCGGUUUAAUUCCUUGUGUUCGAGUUACUUGGUCUUGUGAAGGAAGAGCUCUCAUUUAUUCAUCUUGAUGACAGCUUCACAUUACUUGCAAUGUUUUUUGGACAGCAGUUAUUUGCAUUGAGGUUUUGUGCACAAUAAAAGUUCUGUACUGAUUGGAAGCAAAAUAAUUGAAAUAAGGGCUUAAUAACUGAUUGGAAGGCUUCUCCCAUUUCAUGUGCAUAGCCAGUGUGGAUUGUGAAGAAUGAAAUAGUGAAUGGCUUUUACCCUUUAAGAGAAAUAAACGUUCAACCAGACAGAAUUGCUUGUCAUCUCUGAUCCUUCGCAGUAGUACAUCAAAUUUUGGCCCAGAUCCCAAGGAAUACAUAAUUGAACUCGAUGUUUAAGCAAGUUAUUUGAUUUUUGAUAAAAAAAGAAUGCGAAUUUUAUUUCUUUACAGUGAUAUUUGUUACUGGAUAUCAUCAUUGG